AUGGAGGUAUAUGAGAAGAGACUUCACCUGGAGGGGCGACGCCAGGAGUACGACAAGAGUGCCAAGCCUGUUAGUACUCCAUUAGCAACCCACUUCAGACUUUCAUCAGCUUUGUCUCUGCAAUCAGAUGAUGAGAUUAACUACAUGUCACGUGUUUCAUAUUCUUGUGCAGUGGGAUCUCUCAUAACUAGAGAUGGAGUCAUUGGAUAUGUUGAUUCUGAUUUUACUAGAGACCUUGAUAAAAGUAGGUCUCUCACAAGGUAUGUCUUUACUAUUAGGGGUUGCACCAUCAGUUGGAAAGCCACUUUGCAGACUAAAGUUGCUUUGUCUACUACUGAAACUGAGGACAUGGUGAUUAGUGGGGCUUGUAAAGAAUCUAUGUAG